AUGAAUUCCACUUCAUUGAUUGGACAAUACAUCAGUCAUGAUCAAAGAAUAGAAAUAGUCAAGAAUCUUACCCAUCAAUUAAAGGAAGGUAAUGGAAAUGUCGAUGUAUUGGUUGAAUUUUUGAAUGACUUGGAAAUUGAUUCUAAUACUUUUAAUUCAAUAGAAUCAUAUUGCUUAAAUCAUAUUUUGGAAAAAGAAUAUAACAACGAUAUUAGUAAAUUGACAAACGUGUUGCCAAAAUUGAGAUCUAUCAUAGUUGAGAAAAUAUGUUCCUUAAUCGAAUUCUACAUUCAAACUCACAAAGGACAUUUUGACACCGACUAUCUUCAAUUAUUCCAUUUAAACACUAUAGAUCAAGCUCAAGAUGUUUCAGAAGAAGAUUUGAAUAAUUUACUUUCGCUUCUUGAAAUGAUUGUCAAUCAUAAUGAACAUUUUCUGGAAAAUCUUUUGGACAAGCUGAUUUUAAUUUUGCUUGGCUCAAUAGAUGAAACUACUUCAAACGAGGCAUCAAAUAUUUCUAGAUGGAGAAUGAACAUACUACUGAAUGAUGUUGAUGCAUUUGAUUUACUUUGGGAUGUUAUAUUCUUUUUAAUAAACUCAAAAAACACUUUGAAACAAUAUCAUGGAUAUGUCUUAUGGUUACGAUUCAUAAAUUCGAGCGAAGGAUUAGAAGACAAUCAGAAAUUUCAGUUGAUGUUAGAUCAAAAUAUCUAUUGGGAAAAAGUCCAAUUGGCUUUAGGAGAGAAGUCACAUGAAUUAAGGAAAUAUGGUAUGUUUAUACUACAAAUGUCAAUCAAAUCUAUCAAUCUGAAUAUACAAAAUGAUUACAUAGUAUGGGAUGUAAAGAAUCUGAAAAAUUAUAUAAGAGAAUGGGAAAGAUAUAUUACAUUAUAUGAAGUUUUAGCUAUAGAUACAUCAUUACAUCAAGCAAAAGCUGGAGUAACAGAAAUAAAAAAUUUAAUUUCCCCAACUUCAUUGAUACAACCAUCAUGGGGUUGGUGUCUUUUAUCUACGGGAUUUCAAGCUGCUAAUGAUUCAGUUAGAAAAUUUACUUUAACAAUGCUACUUUCGAUUCCUAGUGAGAAUUUGUACCUCAUUAAAGAUGCCUUAACAGUAUUAGAAUACACCCUAUUGCCAAAUCUCAUUUUUGCUCCAAACUUUGAUGUCAGAACGGUUAACGGAAUUGUUGAGUGUCCCUAUGUUGACAAGUUGAAGAACACAAUCCAAUAUAUGGUAUUUAAUUUGAAAGAGGAGAAAGAACUUCAGGAUAUUUCAGCUUGUAUCUUGAAAUUCAUUGCUUCAAAAGGACAAAGUUUUGGGCCAGCAAGAAUUUUAGUGUUACAUGGCUUACUUUUAGGUUUAAAUGGUCGAAAAGUGUUGCAAUACGGAAUUCAUGAUAAAUUUUUGGAAACUAUUUUUCAAUCAACUUGUGAAGGAGGUGUAUUACAAACUUAUUAUCAAACUAUAAAUUUGAGACUCACGCUCAAUUUUGAAACUAAUUUAGUAAUGCUUUUGUCAUUACUUGAUAAAUUCGUUAGAAUUAAUGGGAUCAAUAUUCUUAAUGACAAUAUUCCUUUAUUUGAACACGAAACAGAAAAUGAACCUAUUGAAGAAACAUUAAGUCAAGAAUUGAGUAUAGACCAAAAGGUUUUACUUCUUGGUAUUACGACCCAAACAGUCUAUCUCACUGAGACUGAUUCCUUACUAUUGGCUAAAUUAUUGGAAUUUGGUUUCAGAAAAGCAACUUUAAGAGCAAACGAGGACAGAUUGAAAUUGCUUGUUAGUUCCGAUGAUUCAAAAGUCAUUGAAGCUCUUUCAAAGGCUGAUUACAAUACAUUCAAGUUUGCAGUACCUAGCAAUGAAGUGAUCUCAAAUUUAUGGACAACACUCGAAAAAGAUAUAGAAUCGAGAAAUGUUGAAACGUUGGAUAAAACUUGCGUCAAAUUUAAAUUAUUUAAUAAAUUAUAUGAAAAUUCAUCAUUCACCUUUGAAAAGCUGGAGUCAAUUUUAAGUUUCAAUCUCAAGUUGAUUCAAAGCACUCAGGAUAUUUCCAAACAUGACAGAUUUUUCUAUAAGGUUCAAGGAAAACUUGAUGCUGAAUAUUACAAAUCUUUAACAAUUAACUUUAAUAAAAACCCAUCUAAUUUCACGGAAGAGCUCAAAAUAUUAAAUCCAAAUACUCAAAGUCAUGAAACAAAUCUUUCAAUGGUUGAAUUAAUCAGUAGUUAUUUGAACUCCAGCAAGCUUGCAACCGAUAAUAUUCCAAAAAUUGUAUCCCUACUAUCUGAAAUGUGGUCCAAUGUUUUAGAAAAUAGGCUACUCUUAAAUCAACAAGAUUUACAUCUACUUACAAUCGAUACUAUUAUGAAUCCUGCAAUUCUUUUCUAUGAUGGAACACAGCAUGAAACCAAGAAAUUUUGUGAAUCAAUAAUUGAAAAUUCAACUACGAGAAGAAGUUUGUUACCUCGCUUAAUUUCAAGCUUGGUAAAUGCUCAACUUGCCAAUAAAAAUAAAUUUGAACAAUUAAACUGGUUACCAGAAAUUUUAAUAAAUGCAUCAUUAAUUCGUUCAUCCUUAGGCUCUUACUUCUUAUUGAUUGGAAUAAUGUCGGACUUAUUUGACAAGGAAGUUGCUUUGAGUAAAAGUUCUGACAUCUACAAUGAAGUUUAUGGACCUGAAGAAGUUAGUGCAAAAGUUAAUUUAUCAGCAAUUUUCAACUCAAUACAACUGCCUGAUUUAGCUCAAAAAAUAUAUAAUUAUAUGAUAGAAAACCAAGAGCCUUAUCGAUUAUUCAAACCUUUGAAAUGGAGUGAUCAUAUGGAAGAAUGGAAUAGGUUACAAUUGUAUUCUAUACUAACAUCAUUGAUUGAUAAAAUCGAAAUCGACUUCGAUUUGAUAAAAGGAGGUCUAGAUCUAGAAAGAAGUCCAUUGGUUAGAAUGUACAUCGAAUGGAUGAUAUCAUAUAACAUGUUUAAAGAGAAUCGUCAUAUUGAGGAUAUAUUUGAUGAAUUGAAGAGUGGUUCUGAAAUCUUGAAGCCAUCAGUUUUUACGUCCUACGUCAGAACACUAUAUUUAACAAUUGUGAAAUUGGAUGAAAAAUUAGAGUCAACUUACAUUACACAACUUAUUAAUCAGGUAAUUUUAGGUUGCUCCUCACUGAAAAAGAUGAUUAGGCAUUUUUCAUUGUCAUUAAUAGUUUCCAUACAUGAUGAAUUGAAGAAGAAAAACUUGCAAGUAGAUUCAUCUAUCCGAGAUGUUGUUGAAAGUAUAUAUAUCAGCGCAAUCAACUCAGACAAUUUUAAACAUUUUAGAUCCGGUGAUGCACUUUUGUGGGAUAUUUUGGAUGAUCUCACUCUAGUAUCAUUGAACGGUGGGAUAGUUUUAAGGUUGACAGAUAGGAGUGACAUUGAUUUUAUCAACGAAGAGCAGUUUAAACGUUAUUUAUCAGAAGAUCAAAUCAAACAACUAAGACAUCCUAUUGGUAAUGAUGAAACAGAUAUUUGGAUUAAAGAAAAAUUGAAUGAGAAAAAAGUCAUUAUGACUCAAGCUGACUUAGUAGCUGAAGUUCCCUUGCAAACAAAAAGUGGAGCUUUGAGUACAGUUGACAAUGAUCUAGACAUAAUUAGUUCUGGUAAAGAGGUCAACAGAAGUGAUUUGAUUGUUGUAUCUUCUUUGGUAGACAAACCGCCCAACUUAGGUGGUAUUUGUCGUCUCUGUGAUGUUCUUGGUGCUGGUUUAUUGACUAUUCAUGAUGAGAAAGUAAAAGAACAUCCACAAUUUAAAUUGGUUGCUGUUACUGCUGAUCAAUGGAUGCCAAUGAUUGAGGUCAAACCAGAUGAGAUAGGUAAGUAUUUGCAAGAAAAGAAAAGAGACGGGUAUACUUUAAUUGGAUUGGAGCAAACCGAUAAGUCAAUAGUAUUGAAUGAAGAAUUAAAGUUCCCCAAGAAAUCAUUGAUGUUAUUAGGUAAAGAAAGAGAAGGUAUACCAGGAGAAUUAUUGGCUGAAUUGGAUUUCUGCGUAGAAAUCAAACAAGUUGGAAUAGUUAGAUCGAUGAAUAUUCAAACUGCGACAGCUGUUUUGGUACAUGCUUAUUCGUCACAACACUGCUAA